AUGGUUAGGCCACCCGGACAAUUGAUAGAGAAAACGAUAAAACGAGUAUCAGAAUCAAAAUGGACAAAGCUUUUUGUCUUGACAUCCAUUCUGCAGGCUAUUCUGGUAAUCGUACUAGAGGGAAGAGUAUAUGCACAUAACAAUAGAGAGAAGCGAUUUCUUGAAUUGAAACCGGAAGAAUGUAAAGUUGCAGAUUCGAUAACACGUAUCAACAAUAUUAUGCAAGAAAAUUUAGUGUUUAUGGGAUUUCAAGCUUUUCAAUUUCUUUUUUGUGUAAACGCGAUUUACAAUCAAAAUACAAUACAAAUGAUCGCGAUUGCAGUUAUUAAUUAUGUUUGUGCACUUUUUGGAAUAGUGCAAAUAUUUGAAACAGUGAAAUGGCGUAAAACACUCACUGACACUAUUGAUGGCUUGCCCAUGGACAAAUGCAACGGAAAAGAUGGAGAUGGUCGACCAUAUCGAGACCUGCUUAAUGCUGACAUAAUAUCGUUUGAAGUGCCAUUGGUUGCUAUACUAUUAAUAUUUGGUACCGGAUUGGGAUUCUUAGCGUUCAAGCUGUAUCAACAAUUUGGAUGGAACAUUUAUAAGAGAAUUGGUGCAGAUUUACGAAAACAAUCUAUCUACAGAACAAUGCUGAUUUUUGUCAUGUUGCUUAAACUCGACAUCUUCUUCAUGUUGGCAUUUUCGAUUCUGGCGUUGGUCGUGUUAAACAUUAACAGUGAAACUAAGAUUCGAAGACUGAAUUCGGGAGCUUUUUAUUUUCACUUGGGACUAACAAUUUUGAUUGUUAUAAUGCAAUUCCUUGCUUAUAUUUCUGUAGAAAAGAAUGGCGAGCCGGAAUGGUUGUCUUCACCAUCUUCUGUAUCAUUAUUAACCGCAAUAUGGUCGUUCUUGGUACUUCGAAAUUUCAAUCAAGGACUGAAAGAUCUAUUGGACAAAGGAAAACACGACGAAAAUACGAAUAACACACACAACAUGGAAAACACAAGGCCCACUCCUCCACGAUGGCAAAUCGAGGAUGAUGAUGAUUAA